CUAUUUGCUUUUGGUGGUUUUUGACUUUGGCAUAUUAUACAAUACAAUGAAAAAUUGUAACUGGUAACGCGGAUAUGUAUAUGCAACAUUGUGUCGACAUAAGCAAUUACAGACAUACAUACAAACCGAUGUAUUGUGUAAAUAUGUAACUACAAGAACGCAGUUGUUUUCUACGGGAUAAGUUUUGCUCAAUUUUGUGCAUCCACGAAAAGGGAAUGCGAUUCGUUGGCGAGUGUGAGCACCAUAAGACACUGAAUUAUGUAAACUUAGCUGCAGUCGAACAGUAUUCGUUUGUGAUUAGAACCAAACAAUGUUAACGCUGUGUUCGGAGCCGCGGAUGAUCUGCCCUAAUGCACCCGCAAAUAAACAGUAGCUUGCAAGCACAUAUGUACGUACAUACAGAGGUGGGCACAUACAUAUUUUUCUUAUCUAUCGCUAUGUUGUGCCGGUACAUAGAAAUUUAUGUAAUUAUCAUGUUUUUUAUUUCUGUUAUUCCUUGAAAUCCGUUCUUCGUUGUUCUGCAUAAAUAUGUCACACAGCAAGUAAGUUAGGCAGUCUUGUACAAACAUUUGAAAAUAAAUAGUCGAAUAAAAGGGCAAAGGAAUCGUUUUUCUUUUAACAUAACUCUACUAAAAAGGCUUAGCUAGCUCUAACAUUGGUGACCCCGACGUGAUAAUAUAACGCGAUUUUCCGGUAUUUUUUAAAUCCGUUAUUAAAAACGUACAGUUGUGCCUGCCGCGCACUGAUAUAAUUUCGACUCUCGUUUGCCAACGUCUAAACCUUCGUCAUGCAAGGGGAAGAUAUAGAUCGAGCAGCCUUUCUAAGACUGAAAACCAAGGCUAUUUUCAACAGAUUGGAGCGCUUAAUCAAAGAGUUGGCCUCAGACAAGCUGCACAGUAUGGACGAGUACAGUAUUUCGGCAACGCUAGAAUCUCUGGUCGAAUUGAAAUCCAACUUUUCUGUCGCGCAUACAAGCUUAGAGGAAUUAGAUUUUGACUCCAUAGCCAGCGAUUUGCCAAGCCACUUCGAUGCUGCUCUAAUCAACCUUAGGGCUAGCUUGCAACGCGAGAUAGGUAAACGUAGUACCUCUCAACAUUGCUCCACGUUCAGGAUGAACUCCAGUGAAGCCCAAUCAAUCGUCGUGAACGCCAAUAGUUCACGUCUACCAUUACUAACGCUGCAUAAAUUUUGUGGGGCCUACACUGAGUGGACAAAUUUCUAUUCGAUGUUCACGUCAAUUAUCGACAAGGACAGCGACCUCACAAACAUCGACAAACUACAACAUUUGUGUUCCUGUUUGAGUGGCGCUGCCCUCGACACCGUGCGGUCACUGGAAAUAAGCAAUGAUAAUUAUAAAACUGCUUUAGAACUUUUGCAGAAGCGUUUCGAUAACAAACGUCUUAUAUUUCAGGCACACGUCAGGGAGAUAUUUGGGCUGAGCAAGGUGGAUUCAAACGUAGGCAUGCUCCGAAAGCUGACAGACAAGGUCACUUCACACAUUCGUGCAUUACAGUCGCUCGCAUCUAACGAGAAAAUUGCAGACUGCAUCAUCGUACAAAUGAUUCUCCAGAAACUUGACAAAACGACGCAGGCCAAAUGGGAGGAAACCUCAUCGAUCAGCGAGCUGCCAUCCUGGGAUCAAUUGACUGCAUUCUUGGAAAGGCGCUGCCGAAUGCUUGAGAAUGUUGAGCAUGCUGUUCAAGCACAGACUGGUCAGGCGUUAAGGCAUAGCAAAAACGACAGUAUUAGUCAAAGGAAAACGUUUGUCGCCUCCAAAGGCUCAACACGUGUUUGUGUAUUUUGUGGAGCACCCGAGCAUGCAAUUUAUAGUUGUCAACUUUUCGCAAAUUUAGAUCCGAACUCGCGCCUGGGGGAAGUUAAGAAGCUUGCACUUUGUCUUAACUGCCUCAAGGCUGGCCAUCAAAUGCGGGACUGCAAAUCCGGAUCGUGCCGCACCUGCCAGUCGAAACACCACACGCUCCUGCAUUUUAACCGCUCAACUGCUUCGUUAACCGAUAGUCAAGCCGAUGCUUCAUCGGUGGCCACAAUUCGAUCCAGUGCUAUGACUGCAUCGAUAUCUGCUUCGCUUAGUGCCACCGUGUCUCCUUCUGAUGCUGUGCUCCUAGCUACUGCCGUCAUUCUUGUAAAAAAUCGUGCUGGAAUCUUCGUGUCCUGUCGCGCUCUUUUAGAUUCUGGUUCCCAGUUGCACUUCGUCACAACUCGCUUCGCAAAUCAACUUCAGCUAUUCAAAACAAAAGCUUCUGCUACAGUCUCUGGAAUUGGAGAUGCCAACUUCCCAACGGAAGGUUACUCACUCGAUCUCGUACUUAAGUCGCGGACUUCAGAUUUUUCAACAAGCAUCACUGCCCUUGUUGUGAAAACCAUCACCGACAAUCAGCCUGGCUGCUCCGUGAGCACCAACGAGUGGAAUGUUCCGUCGAAUAUACCACUAGCCGAUCCUGGGUUCAACUUACCACAGCGUAUUGAUCUGCUCAUCGGAGCAGGACUGUUCUUCGAUCUACUUUGUGUGGGUCAGAUACGCUUAGGAUCUGGUUUACCACUACUUCAGAAAACUCGUCUCGGAUGGGUGCUAUCUGGAGGUGGGCAACAAACUCCAAACCUGUCAUCAUUCGUCGUGAGGCAGAAAUCCUCCAGUGGUCUCAUUCCCAGCACUCGGCUGGACUAUUUAGUACGUCGGUUUUGGGAGAUCGAGCACAUUUUCGAACCGAUCUCUAAGGCCUCCCAAGAAGAUCUUGACUGCGAAGCCCACUUCCAGGGAAAUUAUUUUCGAUUGCCAUCAGGUGAAUACUCUGUUCGUCUGCCCAUAAAACGAAGCAUGGAUGCCCUAGGAGACUCCUAUUUACAAUCUCGUCAACGCUUUCAAGGUCUGGAACGAAAAUUCGCCCGUAACCCUGAUCUAAAGGCAGAAUACAGUAAGUUUAUUAAGGAAUAUGUGGACCUCAACCACAUGUCGCUGGUUUCCAACGAGGUUGUACAACAAUGCAAGUACUUCCUGCCACAUCAUUGCGUUAUCAAGGAUGACAGUAGUACAACAAAAUUGAGGGUGGUUUUUGAUGGAUCUGCAACUACUACCUCAGGUUUUUCGUUAAAUGACCUACUCAUGGCAGGCCCAACUAUUCAACCGAAGCUUUUUCAUAUUCUCAUUAGAUUUCGUACUUUUCCUAUAGCACUUACUGCAGACAUCUGUAAGAUGUAUAGGUGUGUUCGCGUCACUCCACCGGACAACAUGCUCCAAUGGAUUUUGUGGCGAGAAUCUCCACAAGAAGACUUUCGCAUCUAUAAGCUCGACACGGUGACGUAUGGAACUAAGCCUGCAGCGUUUCUAGCCAUCCGAGCCAUGCACCAACUCGCAGCAGACGAAUCCGCGACUAUCCCAUUGGAGCAGAAGCGGUACUUCGGGACUUCUAUGUAG